GAAAGAAAAAUGAGGAAACUCAAAAACCAGCACACGGACUUCCCGCUUCUCCCGCUUGUCUCGUCCCCUCUGAGAAUCCUCCCCCUAAUGUUUUCUUACCGUUUCAUUUUCAAUUAAAUCCCUCCCUUCAAAACAUAAAACAGGAAAUUGUAACUCCAGAAUUUAAUUUGUUAUCUCUCUCCAGAUCUUUUUGUUUUCCAAUUCACUCUUUCUCUUCAACCAAACACCUCUUCACUCUCUCCGGAUCUGAAUCUGCAAAGAAAUCCUUGAAUUCUUGUCUGCAGCAAGUACUAGAGCAAAGUUUGAGGGCCAUGUUUUAGCAAGUUGGAUGCCAAAUUUAUGUGUUGCUGACACUAUGGAAAAGGAAAACUUCAGUGACAAAAAUAUUACAGAUUUUCCUAUUGAUGAAAAACUAGAGGGAAAUACUGAUGGAAUUCACAAAGAAGAUCAGGGUAAAACUGUCGAAGAGAUGCAAAGUCUGAACAUCAGCAAGGUCGGCAUUAAUAAGUUAGAUGAUGAUAAUGGACAAGACAGCUUAAGUUUCAACAAGGAUCAGAAUAGAGUCUUGGAAUCUAAAGCUGUUGGGGACAAUUUAGACAAUGAUGACAAACAUGUUGUACAAGGUAACAAGAUAAAUACGGGUGUGGAUUCGGAUUCUAAAGCACAAGAAGAAAUGAAUGAGACUACAAAAGAAGUUCUUGAUGAGGAGGAGCCAGAACCUGUCUUUGAUGGAACAGAGGUUCCUGGGAUGGAAGCUAACCGGAGUUUAUCAACUCGUUCCUUGGAUCCUGAUCCAGAGGAAGAGGGAUCUGUGUGGCCUGAGAAAGCGGUGGCACUUAAGAAUUUUGUCAAGGAGAAGGGUGCAGUUGCAGUAACCAAUGUCCUGCGUCGCAUUUCUUUUAAAAGAGAUGAAGUUGAGCAUGCCCCUGCUGAUGAAGAUAAGCACUCUGCAGAUUCUGCUAAACGUGGGGAACAUACUGCAAUGUCUCCAAAAACCACAGAAAGAUCUGCUUGGAAUCCCCUAAACUACAUUAAGAUGUCACGUGAUGCUGAUGCAGAAAGCAAAGCUGAGCAGGGGGGGGAUAUUAUCGAAGAAUCACGUCUACCUAUUGUCACAAAAGGAAGAAUAAUAGUAUAUACAAGGUUAGGAUGCCAAGAUUGUAGAGAAGUUAGGUUGUUUCUGCGCAGGAAAAGGCUUGGAUAUGUUGACAUUAACAUUGAUGUAUAUCCCAGUAGAAAAUUGGAGCUAGAGAAGUUUUCUGGAUCUUGUGUAGUUCCUAAGGUCUUGUUUAAUGAAGUACUGAUUGGAGGCUUGAGCGAACUCAAAGGCUUAGAUGAGUCUGGCAAGCUUGAUGAGAAGAUUGAUUUUUUGAUUUCUGAAGCACCAUCGCUUGAAGCUCCGCAACCACCUCUUUCUGGUGAAGAUGAUGUGUCCAGUAAUGGGCCUGUUGAUGAACUAGCUCUAAUUGUCCGAAAAAUGAAAGCAACUAUUGUUGUUAAGGAUCGGUUUUACAAGAUGCGCAGGUGCACUAACUGUUUUCUAGGUUCAGAAGCAGUGGAUUUCCUAUCAGAAGAUCAGUACUUGGAAAGGGAAGAGGCUGUUGAAUUUGGGCGAAAGCUUGCUAGUGAACUCUUCUUUCGACAUGUUCUUGAUGAGAACCUAUUUGAGGAUGGUAGCCACUUGUAUCGGUUCUUGGAACAUGAUCCUACUGUGUCAUCUCAGUGUCACAACAUUCCAAGGGGUAUAAUUGAACUGAAGCCAAAGCCCAUCACUGAAAUUGCAUCAAGGCUGAGAUUUUUGUCAUAUGCCAUUUUUGAAGCCUAUGCAUCAGAAGAUGGAAGACAUGUUGAUUAUAGAAGUAUCCAUGGAAGUGAGGAAUUUGCAAGGUACUUAAGAAUAGUUCAAGAGCUCCAAAGAGUGGAAGUGCAAGACAUGCCAAGGGAGGAGAAGCUCGCCUUCUUCAUAAAUUUGUACAAUAUGAUGGCCAUCCAUGCAAUAUUAGUGUGGGGUCAUCCUACUGGUCAAUUGGAACGAAGGGAGCUGUUUGGGGAGUUCAAGUAUGUUGUUGGUGGGUGCACAUACUCCCUUUCAUCUAUUCAGAAUGGCAUUUUAAGAGGAAAUCAAAGGCCACCGUACAAUCUUUUGAAACCAUUUGGUGUGAAAGAUAAACGUUCACAGGUGGCUCUACCCUAUUCAGAGCCUCUAAUACACUUUGCCCUUGUUUGUGGUACCCGAUCUGGGCCUGCUCUUCGAUGCUACUCCCCUGGGAACAUUGAUAAAGAGCUGAUGGACGCAGCUCGGGAUUUCUUACGAGCUGGUGGACUUAUUGUUGAUUUGAGCGGCAAGGUUGCAUAUGCUACUAAGAUCCUCAAAUGGUUUAGUGUGGAUUUUGGCAAGAACGAAGUAGAGGUAUUGAAACAUGCUUCUAAUUACUUAGAGCCAACCGAAUCUGAAGCUUUGCUCGAGAUGCUUGCUGAUGAUCAGUUGAAGGUUGUAUACCAGCCAUAUGAUUGGGGUUUGAAUCGAUAGGGUUAGACUUUUCCUUUUUAUAUACUCCUUAUACUUGAUCAUACAGGUUCCCUGUUUUACAAAAUUUUUGGAGGGAAUUACGUUGCAAAGAAAACUUGAAGAUACGUACAGCAUUAGAUAUCUGUCAGGCUGCAGUUUUUAUCAAAUUAAAAUACAAAGUGAUCUAAAGUUUCUUGUUUUGUUGUAUAUUGAGAAUUCCAAUGCGAUUACUUUUACAAAAGUUACACCUUGAAGUCAUUUGCUUAA